AUAAGUAGUAACAGUGUUGGAUGAGGCUGGAGGCACAAGAAGCCACAUUUGGCGCGCAACUUGUGGCGACUCACCUCUCACUCACACUAAAAAUUUACCAUCAAUUUUUAGCUUUUGUAGUGAGUUUGGUGUGAGUGAGGAGCUUGGUGUGGCUUGUACAUCAGGUGGUGGUGUGUGCUGGAGUGUAUGUGCUGGCUUCCCUGGCCGCCAUAACUCACUAUACACAUCUUCAGUUACUCAACCAAGUUGUUGUUGUUCUUGAAUAAUAACUCGAGGUGUUGUCUCAAAACUUUAAAAGAAGCAUUGAGCUAGUUUAAAUAAUACGAACGGUGGGUGGAAACAUUGUGUGCCAAUUGUCGGUAGAUGAGUGCAGAUGAAGCGCAGCCGAGACUUAAGAAUGAUAAGAAGAAAAUUGCUGUUUCCAUGAGUGUGUCUUCCCCCAGGAUAACCAAAUCAUCGAGAUCUUUUAUAACCGACCGCAGUACAUUGUUACAGAUACCCGUGAACAAGUUACAUAUAGUAAAUAACGGCAGUAAGACUAUCAAAAUUUGCUCUGACGUGGAGAAGGGCACAGAUGGUGAAAGACAUAAGAACAGCUGUAAAGAGAAUUUAAAUUCUGAAGCACAAAUUACAAAAGUAGUGCACAUAGAGCCAGAAGAUAAAUUACAGGAAGAGAAAGUAAUGAUGUCUCUUGAUGUAAGUGAUGAUGAGAUGGCUUCUGCAGUUGAAAGCAAGGGAAAGGAAGAGGGCAGCAAGAAAGAUACGGUCACUGUGCCAGGAAAAAAACCACAGGUUCGUGCAACUGCUGAGGACAUUGAAAACAUCCUGAAUGAUGACUCUGAUGAUGGAUCAAAUAACUCUGACAAUGAACCCUUACUAGACGGUGAACAUCCUGCAUCAAAUGACAAAGAGAGUAAAUUACAGAAAGUGAAUGGCAAAGAAAAGGCAAAGCCCAAUUUUAAAGGAGGUCCUGUUGAUUCAGAUUCAAAACCUUCUGCAAAGGAAAAGAGCAGGUCUCCCAAUAAACCUCUGGCAGAUAAAAAAGGAAACCCAAAGAAAAAUGAAGUAGAAAGCGAGGCCUCUAAUAAUUCUAGUGAUUCGGAUGAUGAACCUCUUAGCGUGAAGAAAGAAAAGAAUUCAAGAUCUCCAGUGGUAAAGAAAAAUCAGUCUCUGAAGGUUGGAAAGAAGAAAGCAGAGUCUAGCACAAGUGAAUCUGACAGUGAAGAAGACAAGAAGACAAAAUCUGGAAGAAAUCAGAGAGAAAAAGAUCCAGAAACCCUUAGUGACUCUGAUUAUGAACCAUUUGCUAAAAAGAAAGGAAAAAAUUCAGCAAAAUCCAAGAAAUAUGAAGAAAAUUCAGAAGAUUCAAGUGAUGCGGAUUAUAAACCAUCAAAAAAAAAGAGAGAAAGGACAGUUAGAGGAGGUGCAAGGAGAGGGAACCCAAAGAAAGGGAGAAAAGUGGUUAACAGAAAAGCUAGCAGUACAGAUGAUUCAGAUGAUGAACCAACACAAGAGAUGUCAGCCUCAGAUUCUGAAUAUGAAAUACAAAAGGCAAAUAAAUCCAGGCCUAAGAGAAAUACAAAGGUUCUCAAGAAGAAGAUGCCUUCUGAUGACUCUAGUAAUUCUGACUCCAGCACCCAGCCUAGUAGGAGGUGCCUAAGUAAAGCCAAGAAUAAGGAGCAAGAAUCUCAUUCUAGCGAAUCGGAGAUAGAGGAUGCAAAGCCGCGGAAAGGAAGAGGAGGAAAAUGGAACAAGGCAAUGAUGGAGGAGGAUGGAUCGGAUUCAGAUUAUGAACCUCAAGUGAAGACAAAAGGAAGGCCACGUAGAGUGACUCCGAAGAAGAAGAAGGAAGAGUCAGAGACUGGCGAUUCAGACUCAGAAUCUGAGCCCUUGGCUAAAAAGAAAACAAAUUCAAAAUCAGCUGCGGCAAAACAAAAAAGUAACAAGAUCAAGAGGUCGCGCGAGCCUCAGAGUUCCAGUGAGUCUGACAGUAAGCCUCUCUCCAAAAAGAGCAAGAAACCCACCUCUCAAAACAGCAAAAAGGAAGAUACGUCAGGAGAAAGUGAUGCUGAAGUCUUGCCAAAAAAUGACAAGCUCAAAAUAGUUACAACUAAGAAAGAAGUAAAAGAGGAUAGUAAUUCUGAAAGUGAUGCAGACAAGGAACAUGAUUCUGACAAGGACUCUGAGUGUGAGCCAAUUGCAAAAAUAAAAACAAAAGAUGCUCUAAAAAAGAAAAGGGAAACUGCAGUUACAGAGUCAGACAAUGAAGCCAAUUCCACAUUGAAUCCAAAGAAAAAAAGUUUAGAUUCCAAGGCAUACAUGAAAGCUAAGGCAAAGCCACCUUUAAAAAAUGACAAUUCUGAUUCUGAGACAGAUGUGAAAAUUAGGGCCAAAUCCCCCCAAAAAGCUAGUUCAGAUUCUGAGGCAGACAUGGAAGUGGAUGAGAAAUUACCUCCAAAGAAGAUGAGUAACAAAACCAAGAAAGGCUCGGUUUCUUCAGAUACAUCGCUUGGCUCUGACAGUGAAGAUCAGAAGGAAAGUGCAAAAUCAAGAGAAAAAACCAAGAGCAGUAAAUCCCAAGGUGCUGGCAAGCAAGAAAAGAGUCACAGCAACGAUGAACUUGCUCGCCAGAAAAAAUACCUCCGCUUGAUUGGUAUUAAUAUCAGAAACUACGAAGUUUUGCUGAAAGGCUGCAAGAGCAUCAAGAGCAAGAAGGCGAAGCUCCUUGAGGUGAUGCAGGAACAUGGGCUGAAAGGUCAGCCAACGUUGGAGAAGUGCAAGAAACUGAAGAAAAAGUUGGAACAGAAGAAGGAGCUUGAGGAACUAGAUACAGGAAACAUCAUAACUACUACUGGUCGUGGACAGCGAAAUGCAUUCAGCCUGUAUGCUUCUCGGGGACAAAAAGCUGAAGAAUCAUCUGACGACCAGGCUCCCCAAAAAACUUCUAGAUUAAAGUAUAUUUCUCAAUCUGAUUCAGAGUAAACUUCAUGUAGUGUAAAGUUAUAUAGCUUGUUGUCACUUCAUUGUGCUUAUAGGAAUAAAUGUAUGUUCAUUUUGUACAUUCAAUUUUUUUGUAACAAAUAUUUUGUUCUAAUUUUUUAAUUCCUUUUUUUAUUGUCAAUAUAUUCUCUGAAGGUUAAUAAUAAGUAUUACUGUAUCAAAUAUAUUUAUUAAUCACAAACCUUCAAAGUCCAACUUAUGGAUGCACCACCUAAAGCUUUAGGUAUACUGUAUUUAGUCCUUCAGUUAUUUACUGUAUUCGGAAGUUAGUCCUGGGAAGGGUCUAUAGAAUUUAGGGGAAACAGUAGCAUUCAUUAAAUUCAGGUGAAAAAAUUUAAUGAAUGAAAGGUAGACAAAGUAAUAUAGAUAACUGGUUUCUGAAAGCAAGCAAAAAAUAAGUACCUGAUGUCCAGGAAAAGGCAAUAGAUUAUUGAUAGACUAGCAGUGCUGAAUGACCCAUGUGGAUCUUUUGUGUGUAUGUAAUAAUAUUGAUAUCUGUGUGGGUAGACUUAACAAUGUGAGAGAAUGAGGUAUGUCGAAUGCCUUUUAAUAACCCAAAAACAAUAAAACCAGUUGCUGGCCAACUGAAAAAGAUUCAUGAAUAAAUGCAUACAACACCUGGGUAUCUAUUCCUGUAGUAUUUCACUGCAGCAGGCUUUUUUUUUUUUUUUAACUGAAAACAGUACUUGGGUGACUUUUAUACUGAAAAUGGUUUAAAAGUCACUGAAAUGUUUUAGGUGUGCAGCAAGUAAAACAUUUCAGUAAUAAAGAUAUCCAAGUGUUGCACAUGUCAUAUUCAUCAACAUGUUGGUAUUGUGUAUUAAUGUAUAAAAAAGAUUUGUGGGCAAAUAUUUAAAAAGGGGAAUUCCACUUUACUAAGCAUUAUUAUUAUAAUCAGAACUAAGCACUAAACCCACCAGGGCCAUACAGUGCUGCACUUGACUAAACAGCACUGUAUGACAUGGGUUUAGUGCUAAACCCUUUGUGAGUGGGUACUGUAAGGCUAUGGCUCUGAAAUGUGGGUCAGUGCUGUAGUUCUAUAUGAUGAGCUGUGAGUGGUAAAUUUUGGCCUAGAUACGAGAGAAUGGGUCUAUCAUAUAAAAAAAAAAUUCU